AUGGCUUCCACCUCGCUAGUCCUCCCCAUAUUGAUUGCUUAUUUGGCCGCGAUAUUACUCUUGCCCAGCAACAAUCAGGUAGAUGCCAUUCAGGUAAAAUUCGAACGGGAAAAUGCCAUGCCAAAGGGCAACAUUAAAAGCUUUGAUUUCAAGAGUCGGAUUAUCUUACCAUAUGGGCCAGAUCUGUAUGGAAGCGAGGUUCCGCAAUCACCAAAUGACCAGCCGUAUCGAGGAUACGGGCCAGGAAUGGGCGCUUCCGAAACUGUUCAGUACGAUCAUCUGAAUCACUUUUUUUACAGUGCGAGUGAUCAAGGUUACAUUCUUGUCGCUGAUUAUGCCGACCCCUCCUCUCCUAAGAUCUCCAACUAUAGUUUCAAAGCGGAGUCCAAGUUGUUGGGAAGUAUCUCGAUUUGUCCGAACCAAGGCGUCAUGCUCUUGUCGUUAUCCAAAGUCGGACGUAUUGAUGUCUACGAUUUGGUGUCCCGCGACGACCCAAAAGUGCCACAGCUCCUCAAGUCGGUCGACUGUGGGCCUAACGCCAAAUAUGUUUUAGCAAGCAGCGAUUGCAGUGUCGCGGCGAUUGCCAACUUGAAUGUUGGGGAGGGCUUGGCACAAGGGAGUGUCACUAUCAUUCAAGGGGUUCUGUCGGAGGAACCCAAGCGAACUACCAUUCCAUUAGAUUACAAUGCCUGGGAUGACGCCUACCUGUUGCGCCGAGGACUGAACAUGCCCAUGACCAAGAAGGCCUUGGAGUACUGGGAUGAUUACUCGCAUCUAGCGGACGACCUGGACUUUACUGAUCUGCGGAACAAUUACAAGUCUUCCAUCUUUUUGGAACCACAGAGUUUGACCUGGGGGCCGGAAGAGAAGGAACUCCUUGUCAAUAUGCAGCAAAACAAUGGUUUGCUGCGAAUCAACAUGACUGACCUUUCUCCAGUCGCAGUUGCUGGCUAUGGGAUGAAGGACCACUCCUUUAUUCCCGUGGACAUUAAUGCCAACGAUGGAGAUUGCAAUCUAAAGACCUAUCCAAGCUUGUUUGCCAUGAGAAAUCCCGACCAAAUUGCAUCUCUCAAGUACAACGACAAACACUAUGUGAUCACUGCAAAUGAAGACGGCGGGAAAGAGUAUGAGGACUGGGAAGAAGCAAUCAAAUCCAAUGACCUAUUUCAGGGCUCCAACUUCAGACUGCAGAACGUUGUUGUACCAAAAGCUAUCUUUGAUGAAAACAAUACAGCAGCAGGCCAUUCCGCAUUGUUCAAUAACGAGUGCCAAGACAGUAAUGAUCCUGGUGCCGAACAGCUUUGCUUGAAGAAAGUCGAACUCAGCGUUGGUUCCAAUUCCAUUGACUUUGAGUCCGAUCCUAUGAAUCCGAUCUUUUAUCGAAUGGUUCUAUUUGGAGGAAGAGGUUGGUCCAUAUACGAGUUGCCAGAGAAUCCUCGUAGUCAGCUCAAAUUGGUCUUUGAUAGUGGCGAUGUCAUGGAACGAGAAGGCUGCAGUAGCUUUCCAUGGUCACACAACGCUCUCAUGGACGAAGAACUGGCACCUUUCACUGGCCCGAACAAUACCUUUGUCAAGGCCAUGGAGGCUGAGGGUGACUGGGAUGUCGUUCAAGCUAUCAAGGAACUCAAUGAUCCAGCGCAAGACGGAUGUUUGGAUCAGGGUGAUGGGACUCCUGGAAGUUGCCCACUCUCGGAAAUGGUGGACAGCCGAUCUGGCAAAGAUGGUGCUGGCGUAGAGAACGUAAUCAUGGGAGAAGCUUGUGGUCGAUUGGUGGCGGCCAUGGCCACGGAAAAGAGCUCCAUUGCCAUGCUCUUUGAUAUCACGGACAUUACCACUCCGGAAUUGCUGAAAGUCUUCCACUUGUCCCCAGCAGCUCAGAACAAAAGUUUUGGGUUGGCCUACAAUGAUGGAGAAAUUGGAGAAAUCGAUGCGGAAAGUGGUGUCUUUCUUUCGGCAGAAGAAUCACCUUCUGGUAAGGCUGGAAUAUUAUUUGCCGGUGCCCUGAGUGGAACUGUAUCCUGGUGGGAGUUUGAUUGUAAAGAAGAAUCACCAUCGUCAUCAAAGAGAAAGAGUAGUAAACAGGCAGAAUCAGCUGCUUCUUCUGUCAAAUUCAGAAUGUCGUCGUCAUGGGCAACGAUGAUAGUGAUUCUGAUGGCUGGAUCAUUCGGAAUAUCUGACGACGUUUUGCUGUGA